GGCGCCUGAGGUUUCCGGUUCGCGGCUGCCGGCGGUGACGUCUCGUUGCUCCCGAGCUGCCGCUGUUGCCGCCGCUCCCUAGACAAGCUGCAGGCCCGUGGAAAUCCAAUCAAGCCAUACGAGUGAAGAGCGAUUGACCGUUUUGUGCAAAAAGACGCGGUAGCCUAACCUACUAAAGCUUUCAUCCCAAGUCUUGCCAGACAACUCAACUCCAGGAAGGCUUUCUGCCAGGCCCCGAAGUUGUACUUUCAUGCACCACAGGGAACCAUCACCCAGCAUAUGCAAGUGGGUUUUAGGCUAUCCAAAGCGUCAGCAGCUUCCGGGGGGGGAUUCUGAGGACCAAAGAGGUCUGUGGGUUGCUAUGUUAAUGCUGCUUGUCUUUGGAGUAUUGCUUCAUGAAGUCCCACUGAGUGGCCAGGACGAGGCUCAUUCUGAGGCUGACGAUGUGCCUGGCAAGGCCCUGUAUGACUACUCCAGCCUUCGCCUCCCCGUGGAGCACAUUCCCUUCUUCUUGCACAAUAACAGGCAUGUUGCCUCUGUGUGCAGGGAGGAUUCCCGCUGUCCAUAUAAGAAACACUUAGAAAAUCUAAACUACUGCUGGGGUUAUGAGAAAUCCUGCGCACCAGAGUUUAGAUUCGGUUCCCCUGUUUGCAGCUAUGUCGACUUGGGAUGGACAGACACUCUGGAGUCAGCCCAGGACAUGUUCUGGAAACAAGCUGACUUUGGAUAUGCGCGAGAGCGACUGGAAGAGAUAAGAACGUUGUGCCAGCCAGAGAGAGCAAGCGACUCAAGUCUGGCUUGCUCUCGCUACCUUCAGUAUUGUAGAGCUACUGGUCUGUACCUGGACUUAAGAAACAUCCAGAGAAACCAUGACAGAUUCAAGGAAGAUUUUCUUCAGGGUGGUGAAAUUGGAGGAUACUGUAAACUUGACAGUCACGCACUGGUGUCUGAAGGGCAGCGCAAAAGCCCUCUGCAGUCUUGGUUUGCCGAGCUACAAGGCUACACUCAGCUCGAUUUCAGGCCUAUAGAAGAUGCUAAAUGUGACAUCGUUGUUGAAAAACCAACGUAUUUCAUGAAAUUAGAUGCAGGUAUUAACAUGUACCACCACUUCUGUGAUUUCCUGAAUCUCUACCUCACUCAGCACGUCAACAAUUCUUUCAGUACGGAUGUGUACAUCGUGAUGUGGGAUACCAGCUCUUACGGGUACGGUGACCUCUUCUCUGAUACUUGGAAAGCAUUUACUGACUAUGACAUCAUACAUUUGAAAACCUAUGAUUCCAAAAAGGUGUGUUUUAAAGAAGCCGUGUUUUCGUUGCUGCCCCGCAUGCGGUACGGGCUGUUCUAUAACACGCCUCUGAUCUCUGGCUGUCAGAAUACAGGAUUAUUCAGAGCCUUCUCCCAGCAUGUGCUGCAUAGGUUGAACAUCACUCAAGAGGGACCCAAGCUGGCAAAUGCACUGAAAACAGUAUCCAUAUUUGAAGUCCGGGUGGUUGAUUACAAGUACAGAGAACUCGGGUUUUUAGAUCAGCUCAGGAUCACGCACAACACGGACAUAUUUAUUGGCAUGCACGGAGCUGGCCUUACCCACCUACUUUUCCUUCCGGACUGGGCUGCCGUGUUCGAGCUGUACAACUGUGAAGAUGAGCGCUGCUACUUAGACCUGGCCAGGCUCAGAGGCAUUCACUACAUCACCUGGCGGAAGCCCAGCAAAGUGUUUCCUCAGGAUAAGGGGCACCAUCCCACUCUGGGAGAACACCCGAAGUUUACCAACUACUCUUUUGAUGUAGAAGAAUUCAUGUACCUUGUCCUUCAGGCUGCAGAACAUGUACUGCAGCACCCACAGUGGCCAUUUAAGAAGAAGCACGAUGAGCUAUAGAAGUGUUGAGGUUGUUUACAAGAGUGUUGGAACACUCUCACAGCCAUAGACUCACAACCAGAGGAACAGAACAACCCGUCAUAUCCUACUGUAAGAUGAAACAUGACGUUUUACUUCUGACUAUAGCUCAGGCUGGCCUUGAACUAGUGAUCCUCUUGCCUGAGCCAACUGAGUGCUCACCUUACAGGUGUGCCCCACCAUGCCUGUCUACAGAAUUACUUUUUGUAUAUGAAAGCACACCCCCAGGAGACUCUUAAGUCUUCCAGGAGACUCUUAAGUCUUCCACGUGUUUAUUGUGUCUUUGCUAUUUAUCAAAGGUAUUUUUGCACUGAAAAAGGUUACUUUUAUAGUUCAAAGGUAGACCGAUGCCCAUUGGUGUGGCAGAGCUCUCCUGUGGGGAUACCAAAGUUGUCAACAUCGGUGGCUUCAGACUCGAUAUGUGUGUUUGUUAACUGUAAUGUGAUGAUUCCAGAGUGUCACGGCUUGUUGUUCAUCUAUUUGGAAACUCAGAACUGUUGUUAUUUGCCAUUGUAUGUUCAUAAAUAUGGUUGUAGGAUCUGGGCACAUGGCUUAGUAUAGAAUGCUGGCCUUGCAUGCAUGGGCUUCUGGGUUUAAUCCCUAGCAACACACACACACACACACACACACACACACACACACACACACGUCUAAGUCUGUGAUUCUCAGGACCAAGCUAUAGGAGUACAUUAUAGACCAGUUAUUAGUCAACUCCAGAUUCCAUGCAUCUAGAGCCUGACAAAGAUCAUGCUGUUGUAUUUAUUAAUUUUGCUUCUAUAUCUCAUUUCAAUCAUGUUCCUCCCAAUUGUAAUGGCAAUGUUGAUAAGAACCCGUCAGAACAUUCUGUAGUACCAUCUCCACUGACGCUUCAGCCACGAAGAACAUUCAUGCUGACUUGGCAUGAAGUCUUAGUUUCCAUCAGGCCAGUGUUUGUGAGCACACACAGCUAGCUGUGUGUAUCUACCUCUGGCAGGAUGAAAGUAACCCAGUCUUUGUAAAACACUGCCAAGAAGCCACACGAAGAGAAGACACGUGCCCUAUUUAUUUGUUUUUGUUUUUUAAAGCAAGACCUUUAAAAACACGGUAGACCCAUGAAUUAUCCAAUCAAAACAAAAACCCCGAGAAAGUGGCCCUGAGCAAACAGGAUGCCUCGCCGAGGGCUUCCCCUGGACUGACUUGAUUUCUUACUGUUCAGCACACAGCUCAACAGUCAGAGACCAUGGGUUUGUUCUAUUGUACAGUGGGACACUUGCAUCUUAUUAACAUUUGAGGCGUCUCAUUUAGAAGCUACUUUUAAUUUUUUUUUUACAAUGCACUUAGCAAAUCGCAGCCAAGGACUUCAUUUUCUAAAUUUUAGAGAGGCGACCUACAAAAUAAAAUAUUGGUAACUAACAGCUCCUCAGAGGUUUGCUCUCUUUUCCUUUCAGGACCUGUUGAAAGACUUGUAGACUUUAUUUAUUAAAAUACUUUACAAGGAAAUAAUGACCCUCUAUAGGCAGGACUUCUCUUUGGGUCAUAAAAUUGUUCGGAAAAAAUUGUAACAUUAGGAAUUGUUAAAUGACAGGUUUGCUGCGGUUGUAGGUGCAGAUUACUAGGUAGGCAGGGGAAGCAGGGGGUGUUCCCCAGGAAGGGGAGUGGAAGGAUCAUGUUGCCCUGGACAUGGAGGACAAACAUCUGAAGACUGUGUCUGGAAAACCAUCCUUUUACCUCAUUUCAAGCUACACAGGGACCUAUGCGUUCACAGACUACCGAGGAUUCCAGAAACUGAGAACACUUUCAUACUGAAACUAUAUUUGAAUAUUUUGCAAUUAGAAUAUACUUUAUAUAAAGACAGUCAUUUAAAAUUUUAAUUAAUGGGAUUAACUUUUUAUCAGACUUUUUUGGGGGGAGCAGAAGAUCUGCAAAUUGUUAUAAAAUCUAAAAUGUAGAUAUGGCCCUUUUUUAUUAAGUCUGUAAGGAGAUGCAUUUCGUUGUACAUUUUGGGUGUAGCUUUGGAAUAAAGUUUUCUAUAUUUCAUUUA